AUGACGGUCGUCCAUGUUUUGGAUGACUAUUACCUUGCAAUAACACUGUUGAUUACAGCGGCAUAUCAAUUGUUCUUCUUCUCCAUUGCCUUUUCUCUCAAAUUCGACAAACUCACAGACUUUGCUGGUGGAACGAACUUCGUUGUAUUAGCCAUCAUAACGCUUGCAUUCAGUGGCCAUCACAAUGCACGCCAAAUCGUGGCCUCUCUUUUUAUCAUGAUAUGGGGUGCACGUCUUUCGGCUUUCCUCCUAUUCAGGAUUCUGAAGACUGGAAAAGAUGAUAGAUUUGACGAUAAACGUGAAAACUUCUUCAAGUUCCUCGGAUUUUGGGUGUUUCAAAUGUUCUGGGUUUGGAUCGUCUCUUUUCCAGUCACGCUCUUGAAUUCCCCAAAAGUCACGAGAUCUCCACAGCCCUCAUUUGGGACUGCUAGUGAUAUCGCGGGUGUCAUUCUUUAUGCCAUUGGUAUUGUUAUGGAGAGCGUGAGUGAUAUUCAGAAGUAUCGCUUCCGAGCCCACAACAGUGACAAAUCGAAAAUUUGUGAUAAAGGGUUCUUCUCAUGGAGUCGACACCCAAAUUAUUUUGGAGAGAUUUUGAUUCAGUUUUCUAUUUAUAUGAUUGCGGUCUCUCCCGCUGCCGAAGGAUUUGUUCAUGGUGGAGCUCGCAAAGCCCUCUAUGCUUCAAUCUUUGGACCAAUAUUUCUCACUACCCUCCUGAUGUUCGUAUCUGGCUUGACUCUUCAAGAGAGACCUGGAGCCAAGAAACGAUACGAGAAGGACAACCAUUGGGAGGAAUACUCUCGUUACCUGAAUCGAACGAGCAUUUUAAUUCCUUUCCCGCCUCAGCUUUACGAGAAGCUCCCUACUAUAUUUAAAAGAACACUUUUCUUGGAAUUUCCUAUUUAUGUGUUUGAUCCGGCGAAGCAUUCUGACGUUGGUCAAGGCCAACAUGGUGCGGAGGAGGGUCGUCAGUCGCAUGGAGGAGAUCGACAGAGUACUGAUCGUUUGGCUCAGUGA